UAUCUGGAUUGCCGCCAAUAUUUAUGAAUUUAAAUUUUGUUUACUAAAUGUUAUUGUAAUUGUUAUUGUGUGUUGUGGGGAGUGCAAAUGAGCGAAUAUAUGUUGAUUGAUAUAGUGGAAACUUAAACAACGGAUUAAACUUGCAGCCUUGAGUGUAGGAAUAAAUCGAGGAAUACGUUGACAACAGGUGUAGACAGCAAAACAGGAAGGAUGGGGGAUAAUCUGGCCUACAAAGACGAAUAUGAUAAUUUAAUAAGGAUGCUGGAUGAGUGUAACAUUGUUAGGUAUACAGCUUAUCGCACAGCAGCAAAAUUAAGAAUUCUUCAAAAGGCACUGAAAGUGGAAAAAUUGACCCUAGAUGUCAUAGCAAAUGUUUUCACCAAGCAUUGUCUUCGUGCUACAGAAAAUGAAGUGUUUCUUGAACUGCCAGAUUUGGAAACAUUGGUAUCUGAUAUCUAUCUUGCAACAAGAACAGAAAACACUAACAACACAGAUGCCAGCCUGUCUUCCCAGUUGGCCAUUCAUGUGUUGCAAGCAAUAUAUCAGAGUGACGGCUGCUGCAGUGUGCAGGUGUUGCUUUUGAAAGUCAUCUUUGUUAUUUUAUGUUCGUCACAAAUCCAAGACAAGUACCAGUAUCUUUUUCAUCAACUCUCAGAUCACAACAACUGUGUUUCAAGAAAAAAAAUUGACUUGCUCUUGAAAGCAACUGUUAAACUAACAGAUUUCCUGUCUGAGCCGUCAUAUUCCGCACCAAAGCUGAUAGAGAACUCUGUUGAAAGUUGCUUUAAACAUUGCCAAGGAAGUUUAGGGUUGACUGAGGAUUCCUUUAUGGAAUGGCUGCUAUGUGAGCCACAGAUACUCAUGUGGCAUUCUGUGUUAUAUCGUAUGCAAUCAGCUGAAUUAGUUUGCCAUUACGUCCGUUGUGAUGUCUGCAAAGUCUAUCCAAUAACUGGACUUCGAUACACCUGCUUGCAUUGUUUCAGCUACAAUCAAUGUCAAGCGUGUUUUUUUACAGGGAAAGUUAGUAAGAAUCAUAAGCUGAAACACCCAAUACAGGAAUACUGCUGUCAGAUAACUCCAAAAGAGGCAGCUACUGCCUUUCUAAAAAUGCUGAGAAACCGGAUUCACAAGGGUUCAUCAAAAUAUUUAACUAAUGAGUCUUCUGAAUCUGUUAGCUCAGACAUGCAGGCUAGUAGUAAUUUGAAGAAUGGUACAAUAACAAGAUUCCAUCACAGCUAUUCUAGAGCUGGAAAUUCAGUCUAUGUCCUUGAUGACAUUAAUUUGUCUAGACAGACAUUCAGUAGCUCAAGAUUUAUGCAGCAACUGCAUCCCCAAAAGGAGCUACAGAAUAUUAUACAGAAUCUUGAAGAGCAAGAAAGGAAAAUGGAGAGAGAGAAGGAGAAAAAAAUGUAUAACCAAAAGGAAUUCACAACAUGUCUACAAGAGCAUCAAAUGUGGCUUAAUUCGCAGAUAUACAGGCUCAAAAUUCUAAUGGAAUACAUCUCUUACAUACAGUCUUCGAAUGUUCGCCGGCCACUAGCUUGUAUUGAAAGCACUCCCAUUCUGCCAGCUCAGCAUCGAUUCUGUAAUGUGUUUAUGUCAUCACAACCAAGCAUUGCCAAUCUCAGCCCAAUUGUAAAGCAAGAUAGUGAUUUCAACAAUGAGUUAAAGAAAAUAAACUUCCAUUUCUCUGAUUUAUCUGAAGAUUGCCGUCAAGAUGAGUUGUCAAAUCUAACAUCGGUGACAUGUCGUCCUCGUGUGCCGAAUAACUGUACAUACUCAAAGAAUACUAGGGUACUGGAUGACUGUAGUGUUGAAGGCGACCUCUUGACAUCUAGUGAACUGUCUUCUUGGUUGAACAGUCCACGGGUGCUGUCACUGCAGUGUGCACCAAUAACAAACUGUACAUACAGUGUAACAAAUACAGGUGAUUUUAGGGAAGAGACGAUACAGAAUGUACAUAGUUUACAUGAAAAAUGUAAACAAACACCCUCCUGCAUUGAUGAAAUUGUGGAGAGACUUCAGAAGGUUCUUUCAUUAAACUUCCAUUUUGAUGAUUCAUUUACUUGUAGAGACAACACUCAGUUGGAGAAAGCAGCUACUGAAAUUGAAGAGUUACUUGCAACUUUAAUCAACAGAAUUGAAGAACGAAAGAAGACUACAAAUGCAAAAAAUGUUUAACAUUUGUUUUGGCCUUUUUAUUUAAUAUAAAUAAGAUUUCAGUCUACCUGAAACAAGGAAGAAGAGUGAUUGUGGCACAUAAAAUAGGGACAGAGCUCCCUAGUAAAAUAAAAGUAAUCUUUAUAUAAAAGUGUUAGCCCAUACAUUACAAUGUAACAUUUGUUCUGGUUUCUAAGACAAAGAGACCACUACCUAAGCUGCACUGUUCCUGCAAACACAACUGCACAUGUAUAUAUGCAACACCUUGGCUCUUAAUUGUAAGUAGGAGCAAUGAACAGGAAUGAGUACAUAUUACAUUAUAAAUAUGUAGCAUGCAUUGUAUUAAAAAAAAAAAGUCAAUUGUUGUUGUGGCCAUAGUGCAAAUAGUCAUGUUUACAACCAAAACAGAGACUUAAAAGUCGCUCACUAUCAUGCUGUACUCAAAAUUAUAAAUGAAGCAAAUGUAAAGUCACUCAACAAAUACAAACUGAAAUUAAUUAUUUUGCUCAUCAAGUGUGAAUACUAAUAUUUGUCCACAUAUUUUUGUCUUCAUUUCAUGAAAGGGAUAGUCUGGGCAACCAGUUUAACAAUUCGUAAGAUUCACUGGAAGUGGGACCCAUACCAAAUAGGGCUAACAGGGAGCAUUGGAUGGAUACAAAAACAGGGCAGCACAAACGGACACAGAUUUGUUUCUCAUCGAAGAACAUCAUGGGAAUACCUGAAUUUGCAGACUGUUGAAGAUAAUGCCAGGUAUCUUGCA